GAAGCGAGAGUGUCGUGACCGGAAGCGAGUUGUGUUACCUUUUAUGUUACGUGCAUGAACUGAUUGCGAAACGCGUGAUUGUUAUAUGAUAUGAUAUUGAAAAAAGAUAGAAUUACAGACAGAGAAGAUCGAUUUAGGAGAGAAUACCAGGACGUGUACCGACAAAGUGAAAAAAUAUUAAAUCUGGUGAAAAUCUACAGACGUGAGAGUUUCCUUUGUUGGCGACCACCAUUUCCCGACAAAAGUGGCGACCCUGCCAGGACACGGCUUAAAAGAAACAGAAAAUUCAUCACAGAAAUCACACUGACCGCGUGGUUUUAUCAAAAACAACAAAUGGCUGAGCUUGAGCAAGCGGUGAAAAAGAUCGACGCAAAGCUCCGAAUGUUGAAAUUCACGACCGAAGAAGUACCGAGAAUUCGAGAGAAGAAAGAACUGAAAGCGUUAGAGCGAUUGCAAAAGGAUUUGGAAAAACAGCUAGACGGUGUUCAUGAACAGAAGGUUCAAAUACAAGCGCUAAAAAUAGAGCAAGGAGACGACCCGAACGACGUGAGAGAAUGGACAUUGGAAAUCGAAGGGCAAGUCGACGUAUUCGAAAAACUCGCCGAUAAUGUGAGAGUAGAGGCAAGGAAUCUACGAGAGGAGGCUUUACGCGAAUUGAGAGACGAGGAGGAAAAGAAAGAAGAGGAGAAAAGGAAUCGUCGUUACGAAGAAGAGUUGAAAUUCGAGGAGGCAAAAUUGAAGGUCAAACGCGACCACGAAAAGAAAUUAGAAGAGGAUCGAACCAAAUCUCUAAAGGAGAGUGGCGCCAAGUUACCCAAGUUAACCAUCACUAAAUUUCAAGGAACCCACCUCGACUGGUUGAGGUUUUGGAGCCAAUUCGAAACUGAAAUCGAUAAGGCUAGUAUUACACAAGUAGCGAAAUUUUCAUACCUCAAAGAGCUUCUCACCCCCAAAGUUCGUGCAUCGGUAGAUGGCUUGCCUUACAAUACAGAAGGCUACGGACGAGCUAAAAGCAUUCUGACAGCAAAGUACGGGAAACCGAGCGAAGUGUCCAACGCGCACAUGCAGUGUAUUAUUUCCUUACCCACCAUACAGGGAUCUCAGCCAGCAAAAAUACACCCAUUCUACGAGAAGCUGUCAACUAAUGCUCAAGCACUGGAAACCAUGGGAAAAAUUCAAGAGAUAAAUGGCUACGUUCGAGUUACCUUGGACAAACUACCUGACAUCAGGGCUGACCUUGUCCGUUUGGACGACAACUGGCAAGAGUGGGGAUUUCCUCAGAUGUUAGAGUCACUUCGAAAGUGGUGCGAAAGAAAUCCGUUGCCUUCAUCCGAAGAACCAAGCAGUGGCAGAACCCUGCCGCCUAAAUCCCGAGACAAAUUGUUUAACUCGAGGCAAGACGAGUGGAAACCGAGACCAUGCGUUUAUUGCAAAUCUAGCGGACACAAGUCCCUCGACUGUGACAAGAUAGUGGGUGUGGCACAGAGAAGAAAGCACCUCAGUGAGAAAGGUUUAUGUUUCAACUGCACUGGUACCAAACACCGAGCUGCUGAGUGUCGUAUUGUGAGAAGUUGUCAGAAGUGCAACGGCAGACAUCAUACUUCAAUAUGUGACAGAGAUUCCCAGCAGAUGUUGCUAGCCACCAGUGAAGGAGCAGUCAUUUACCCAAUCGUGGUUGUCAAUGUGGACGGCGUAACAUGCCGCGCGUUACUGGACACUGGGGCGGGAAGCUCGUAUGCCUCAGCAGCACUUGUCAAACGACUUGGAAAGCAACCGUCAAGAAUAGAGCACAAGAGAAUUGACAUGAUGAUGUGUUCGACAAACCAGAAGAUUCAACAAUACAACGUUAAGAUUGCAAACACCCAUGGGAGUUUCGAGAUGGCAACCACAGUGAGCAAAGUCGAUAAAAGAGUCCUACUGUCGGUGCCCAACCCAAGAUAUUCGGAAAAGAUCAACCAGUUCACCCACCUCGAAGGAGUGGUCAUGGAUGAUGGAGACACGAAAUCGGAACUACCCAUCCAUCUGAUACUGGGGGCUAGUGAAUACUCGCGGAUAAAGACCGACACAAAACCAAGAAUUGGAAAGGCCGGAGAACCCAUAGCUGAGCUAACCACUUUAGGCUGGACAAUGAUGUCGGCCGGAAAGGAAGCACACCUGAGCAGUGUUUAUCUCACCAGAACGUCGUCCACUGAUUACGACCAGCUGUGUAGUCUUGACGUGUUGGGCCUUGAGGACAGGCCAAAUGGUGAUCAGCAAACAGUGUACGACGAUUUUAAAGAGCAACUCAGACGAAGCGAUGAAGGAUGGUAUGAGACGGGGCUACUAUGGAAACAUGGUCAUGAUCUCCUCCCAAACAACGAGUGUGGAAGUCUACGAAGACUCGAAAGCCUGAUAAAGAAAUUACAGAAAGAGCCCAACCUUCUGGCCCAGUAUGACGAAGUCAUUCAAGAUCAGUUGGCGAAAGGGAUCGUAGAGAAGGUGUCUUCAGACCCAGUGGGAAGAGAGUUCUACAUCCCACACAAGCCUGUCAUCAGAGAGUCAGCAGAAUCCACCAAGCUGAGAAUCGUGUUCGAUGCGUCAGCGAGAUCAAAUGAGAAGAGUCCCUCCCUUAACGAUUGUUUGGAGACGGGGCCACCCCUUCAGACCAUGCUGUGGGAUGUGCUAAUAAGAAACCGUCUGAAGCCAGUGGCGUUGGCUGGUGACCUUAAGCAGGCCUUCCUGCAAGUACGUAUUCGACUAGAAGAUCGAGAUGCCUUAAGAUUCCACUGGAUAAAGAACAGAGAUGUAUCAAAUGUGGAAGUGUUGAGAUUUACCCGUGCAUUGUUUGGCCUGGUGCAGUCACCGUUCUUGUUAGGGGGAACACUGCAGCAACACCUGGAAAGCCUAAAAGAAAGAUACCCAAAAGAAGUGGAAGAGAUCAAAAAGAGCCUGUACGUGGACGAUGUCAUUACCGGUGGAGAAACCAAAGACAAGGUGCGCAAACUAAAAGAAACAGCUGUUGCAGUUUUUGGGGAGGCGCAGUUCGAACUACACAAGUGGCAUUCCAACGAGCCAGAUCUGGAAACGAACGAAGAACCGAAGUCGGAAGACGAGAGACAAAGUUAUGCCAAGGAACAACUUGGAGUUAAAACCGGAGAAACCAAGAUGUUGGGGCUACCAUGGGACAAGACGGAGGACACCAUUGCUGUGAAGUUUCCAGAAGCACCCCCAGAAGUGACUAAGAGGGAAAUGUUGCGGUUCCUCGCUUCAAUUUACGACCCUCUUGGCCUAGCGUCACCAGUAUCCCUCGUGGGGAAGUUCUUGUAUCGAGAAGUUUGUGACCAACACCUUCCAUGGGACCAAAGCGUACCCGAAAACAUCAGAAGGCAAUGGCAAAAAUUCCAGAAAAACCUCCCAGACCACCUUCAAUUCCCGCGCAGUUUAGCAGGCUUGCAAGAAACCAUUGAAGCAAUCGAUUUACACGCGUUUGGAGACACAAGUGGGGCAGGAUCAGCAGCUGUGGUAUAUGCAGUGGUUCAUCAAGCUUCAGGCGUGAGCAGAGGAUUGCUGGCAGCGAAAUCGCGCUUGGCAAAAAAGGGCCUCAUUAUUCCUAGACUGGAAUUAGUAUCUGCGCACAUGGCGGCAAACCUCGCCGAGAAUGUGAAGAACGCCCUAGAAGGCCAGCCAGUUAGAUCAGUCCAUGGAUGGUUGGAUAGUACUGUGGCCCUUCACUGGAUCAGAGGAGAAGGGAGUGCCUACAAGCAAUUUGUGGCCAACCGAGUGAACAAGAUACGAGAGAAAGAGUACAUUCACUGGAGGCAUGUUGGUACCGACCAGAAUCCCGCUGAUAUUGGCAGUAGAGGUUGCCAAGCGGACAAGCUGAGAGAGCUGUGGUUAAUGGGCCCAAAAUGGUUGACAGAGCCUGAUCGUUGGCCAGCUGAAGUAUUCACAGAACCGAGCAAAGAAACCGAAGCGGAAGCUAAACUCGCAAAAGAAAUCUUCGCAACUGCUACAGAGACCAAGGAUGACUUCGAUGAAGUUUUAGAGAAAAACAGUUUCUGGAAAACGGUACGGGUGACAGCAUGGAUAAGGAGAUUCCUGAACAACUGCAAGUUGAAGAAAGCGGUACGACUCAGUGGUCCUCUAACAACAGCUGAGACGGACAAGCAGGUGCAAUGGUGGAUAAAGAGGGCCCAAGCAAGCUAUGAAAUGACGGAAAAGUUCAACGAGGACAAGUUGACCCUCAACCUACAGAAGAACAACGAAGAGUUGUACGAGUGCCGUGGUAGAAUUCAAGGAAGCUAUCCAAUCUAUCUACCAUCAAGUGCAGUGUUGACAGAGAAGUUGGUUCUAGAUGCACAUAUCCUGACCUUACAUGGAGGAGUUGGACUCACGAUGGCCUUCAUCAGACGCGACUAUUGGAUACCUCGAUUGAGGCAGCUAACCAAGAAAGUGAUCAGGGGUUGUUUUGGAUGUAAAAAGUUCCGUGCUGUGGCAUUCCAAAGUCCACCUCCUGGAAACUUGCCAGUUGACCGCACCAUGGGCUCAGUUCCUUUCCAGGUACUGGGCGUGGACUAUGCCGGCCCAAUACCAUACAAAAUCAGUAAGAAGAAGGAAGGUAAAGCCUAUAUCCUGUUGUUUGCCUGUAGUCUGACCAGAGCCAUCCACCUGGAGCUGUUAAGCGAUCAGAGUACAGAAGAGUUCAUUAAAAGCUUGAAACGGUUCAUAGCCAGAAGGGGAAGACCACAAAAGGUGUACUCCGAUAACGGAAAAAGUUUCAUUGCGGCGGCGAAAUGGUUGAGAAGCAUCAUGAACGACGAGAAGAUGCAGGAUUACCUGGCACACCAGCAGAUCACGUGGCAAUUCAACCUGAGUAGGGCACCGUGGUGGGGCGGUCAGUACGAGAGGUUGGUGGGGCUUGUAAAGCGGGCCCUGUACAAGUCUGUUGGGGGAGCGAGGCUCACGUGGAGCGAGUUUGAGGAGGUGCUCCUAGAUGUGGAAGUUGCACUUAACAACCGCCCCCUAACUUAUCUGGAAGACGAUGUCCAGCUACCCACGCUGACACCAAAUGCCAUGAUGUUUGGCCAGCCCAAUCUGUUACCAGAAGAUGAUCCAGUUUCGAUCGAGAGUAAAGAUUUAAGGAAGCGAGCCAAGUAUCUUCGACGCUGUAAGGAUGUGUUGUGGGCCCGAUGGACCGGGGAGUACAUCAAGAGUUUGAGAGAAAGACAUAACCUCAACCACAAGAAAGAAGAACCACAGAUUAAACCCGGAGACGUCGUUCUAAUCCAAAGUGACGAAAGAAACAGAGGGAAGUGGAACCUCGGAAUUGUAGCAAAGCUCAUCAAGGGGAGAGACGGUGUUGUCAGGGCAGCCAGACUGAGGGCAGGAAAAUCGUUCCUGGAGCGCGCACUCCAACAGUUGUACCCCAUGGAGUUGUCAUGCGACCGAUAUCAGGAGCCUCAAGACCCAGAGUCAAAUGUCCUCAACCCCAGAGCCAGGGCAUUCACACCCAGGAGAGCAGCUGUUGCCGCAGCGGAGCGUAUCAAAGACAUUGCCAGACAAGACGAACAAUUAAGUUGAACAAAUGAUUUUCUUUUUGUGUGUAUUUGUUACCUCCGGUAUCAAAUAGGGGGAGAGUGUCGUGACCGGAAGCGAGAGUGUCGUGACCGGAAGCGAGAGUGUCGUGACCGGAAGCGAGUUGUGUUACCUUUUAUGUUACGUGCAUGAACUGAUUGCGAAACGCGUGAUUGUUAUAUGAUAUGAUAUUGAAAAAAGAUAGAAUUACAGACAGAGAAGAUCGAUUUAGGAGAGAAUACCAGGACGUGUACCGACAAAGUGAAAAAAUAUUAAAUCUGGUGAAAAUCUACAGACGUGAGAGUUUCCUUUGUUGGCGACCACCAUUUCCCGACAAAUGUCUAACAGGAAGAGUUGGAAAUUGUGUGAAUUAGGGAAAUGAAAUAAAAGGAUAAAAAAUCUGAUGUUAGCUUUAAAAUAAGUAUAAAACAAGUAGAUUCACGCGGAAUUAAUAUCAGAAUUUUUUUUAAAUUCCAGUAAAUAAGUUGUCCCACCAUUCACUGCAGCGCCUUAGGCCUAAUUCAGAAUAUCUUUACACACGAGAACUUCCUGUUGUCUUCGCCAUUUCUUUCAACUUCUUGUAUUAGCCUCAUCAUGGAUUUCUGAACCUGUUUAUGGACAGAGUAAGUUGG